GAUGCCAGCCCCUGGAUGCCAGCUGUUGUGCUGUACUACUGUACUUUCCAAGAGAGGUGCUUGGAAGACCAUGAGCUGGUGGUCCAGGUAGACGGCACCAUGGCAAGCGAGAGUAAAUUUUUAUUCCGGAAGAAUUAUGCAAAAUACGAGUUUUUCAAAAAUCCCACGAAUUUCUUCCCAGAACAGAUGGUUACCUGGUGCCAGCAGUCAAACGGCAGUCAGACCCAGCUUUUGCAGAAUUUUUUAAACGCCAGUAGUUGUCCUGAGAUUCAAGGGUUUUUGCACGUGAAGGAGCUGGGAAGGAAGUCGUGGAAGAAGCUGUACGUGUGUUUGCGGCGAUCCGGCCUCUACUGUUCCACAAAGGGAGCUUCAAAGGAGCCCAGACACUUGCAGCUGCUGGCCGACCUGGAGGAUAGCCGCAUCUUCUCCCUGCUGGCCGGCAGGAAGCAGUAUGGUGCCCCCACGGACUACGGCUUCUGCAUAAAGCCAAACAGAGUCAGGAACGAGGCCAAGGAGCUGCGGUUGCUCUGUGCCGAGGACGAGCAGAGCCGGACGUGCUGGAUGACGGCCUUCAGGCUCCUCAAGUAUGGGAUGCUCCUUUACCAGAACUACAGAAUCCCUCAGCAGAGGAAGGCUGUGCUGUCCCCCUUCUCAACUCCAGCGCGCAGUGUCUCUGAGAACUCCCUUGUGGCCAUGGAUUUUUCUGGGCAAACGGGAAGAGUGAUCGAGAACCCGGCUGAGGCUCAGAGUGCCGCCCUGGAAGAAGGCCACGCCUGGAGGAAGCGAAGCACGCGGAUGAAUAUCGUCGGGAGCCAAAGCCCCCUCCACCCUUCCACCCUAAGCACAGUGAUUCACAGGACGCAGCACUGGUUUCACGGCAGGAUCUCCAGGGAGGAGUCACACCGGAUCAUUAAGCAGCAGGGGCUCGUGGAUGGGCUUUUUCUCCUCCGUGACAGCCAGAGUAAUCCAAAGGCAUUUGUCCUCACAUUGUGUCACCAUCAGAAAAUUAAAAAUUUCCAGAUCUUACCUUGCGAGGAUGACGGGCAGACCUUCUUCAGCCUUGACGACGGGAACACCAAAUUCUCUGACCUGAUCCAGCUUGUUGACUUUUACCAGCUGAACAAAGGGGUCCUGCCUUGCAGACUGAAGCACCACUGCAUCCGCGUAGCCUUAUGACCUCAGGUCUACCCUGGCUGCAGGCUGGAGGACACUGACACUGGAGUGAAGAGGUCUGUGCAUCGUUCAGAACACACGUCUGUCUGCACCUUGGGGCUCGGAGCAAGAUGGGUGCGUUCGGCGCUGACCGACCACGAUCGGCUGGUUUGUUGGACUUGACGAUGAUUUGCUGCUGCAGAUCCAGUAGGGCCGCGCCCCUCUCGCUGGCCUCAUCCGGGAGGUCGGAAGACAGCAGACUCGAGAAUAAACUGGAAUGAUGGUCUUGGCUGGGCCGUGGAGGAACACAAGCUGGAGAGAAGUGAUUGGAAAUGAACUCUCGCCCUGGAAUAAUCUUGACAAUUAAAACUGAUAUGUUUAC